AUGGAAUUGCAAGCAAAAUGCACAAUAUUUGCUGAAGUUUGCCGUGGACAUCGUUCCUAUUUUAUAAUGGAAAAAUACCGCUUGCAAGAAGAAUGCGAUCCAAUGACUUAUGGCCUUGGUUUCAAAGAAUUAUUGUUAAUAGAUAAAUCAAAGCACACUCCUGGCUAUGUGGAACAUACCAUGGGAUAUCCACUGGAUCUUCAAAGCCAUGGUGGAUCGUUCAUGUAUCACAUCGAAGACAAUGGUCAGCCUCUUGUUUCUCUCGGCCUUAUAAUUGGUCUAGAUUACAAGAAUCCUCAUACAAAUUUGUAUCAGGAAUUCCAGUUGUUCAAGUCUCAUCCAUCCAUUCGUCAUUAUCUCGAAGGUGGGGAGCGAAUUGCAUAUGGUGCUAGAACAGUGAAUGAAGGAGGAUAUCAAACAGUACCUCAGCUAACUGUGCCUGGUGGAUGUUUGGUUGGUUGUGCAGCAGGGCUGAUGAAUCCAGCAAAGAUUAAAGGUGUUCAUAAUGCCAUGAAAAGUGGUAUGAUCGCAGCGGAAGCAAUAUUCGAGGACCUAGGUCCACAGACACGAACAGUAAUUCCGGAAGAUUUCGAGCCAGAACUAUACAAAAGCUACGUAAUUAAAGAAAUGCAACGAAUGCGCAAUACAGAUUCAGCGUGGAAAUCGAAAUCUAUUAACUACCCGAAACCUGACGGCAAAGUGACAUUUGAUAUUCUGUCUUCAGUGGCUUUGACUGGCACAAAUCAUGAAGAAAAUCAGCCUUCUCAUCUGUUAUUGAGAAAUGAUGCCGAUGCUGAGUUAACUACAUGGCGUAGGUUUGCUGGCAUGACUGAACGGUUCUGUCCGGCAGGUGUUUAUGAAUAUGUGCCAUGCGAAACUAAAGUCAAUACAAGAAGGCUUCAAAUAAAUUUCCAGAAUUGUAUUCACUGUAAAACAUGUGAUAUCAAGCAAUAA